AUGUUCAAUAAAGCGCCACUUCCACUCAUCACUCCGAGAAUCGAAUUUCGACUUUCUCAGCUCUCACCCCUAUGUGUUCCGCGAAACCCUCCGGAAGAAAUCAAGUUCAUCCGACGCUCGCGGUUUCUUUCGCAACAGGGAGAACACUUGGAGGUGGAUCACUCAUUAAUAUUUUGGCCAUACCUCGCUGUCAAGGAUGCGUUAAAGAAUGUGCUCUUUUCGUUCAAAGAAAAGGGAAAUGCGAGUCCGUCGGCUGGAAAAUCUGGGGGAACUCCUAAGUGUACGCGGGGUCAUAUGCCUGGAUAUUUUGAAGUCGAUUAUUUGGAUGGGAUGCUGGAAGAUUCAAUACGCGCAGAUACAGGUCAGCGAACAAGACAUCGCAAAAGUUUCGAAGCAUGUCUGACGCACACGAUUCUCACUCAAGUCGUUCGUUUCACCAUUUCCUUCCUCUUGUUCUACACAGCCCAUCUCCUAUCCCGAACACUAACGAUUCCUACUGACAUCUCUGGUUGGCUGCCACUUCACUUAGGCUACUUCUACAACUGUUUCACCUCCGUUUCGCGGCGGAGCGGCACAGAAAAGACGAGAGCAUUGUCGUCCAUGACGCUCAGCGACAUCUUUGGCGUGCUCGACUACUUAAGUUGGAGCUUGUUCACCGCUGCCUUCGACGAGGAACGCUCUGAUUCUCUAGUGAGGAAUAUUGCCAUGCAUAACAGUGUGGACGUCUUUUCCAUGGGAGAAUCCGCCCCCUGGGCCGCCAUCCAACAGCAUUUUUUCUCCAAGGUUUCUUCACAUCCGGCAUGGUUAGCGCCCUCGGCAGACAUAUUCACCGGCCUGAUCAUCGCAUCGCUCAUUGUACUCAUCUUCGUUGCCGUCUUCCUCCUCCGUGAAUGGAUGUCGCAGAAUGCUCGCCUGGGCGUAUUCGAAGAGGAAGAGCUCCCCGAUCUGCCCCCCGUUCACGCGCCUCCACCGCAACCACAACUGCAACAUCAACCCAGGCUCGUCCGCCAUUUUGCGCCGCUCGACCCUGCCAGCCUGAACCUUGAGCGUGGAGGGAACGCGCCGCUUUCAAUGAGCGUCAGAUCGAGGCUCUACGUAUGGAGGCAAUGCGUCAGAAUCUGGACACAAACAUCGCCGUGGACCCCAACAGAUGGCGAGCAGACGCCCAAAUAG